UAUAUUAUAUAUAAUUUCAAUUUCUAUCUCUUCAUUGAUGAUGAUGAAUGGUGAUAAUUCUGAUGAUAAUGAUUAUGAUGAUAACGUAACAUUAAUAAUAACAAUGAUUGGAAAAUACGAUUAUUAGGAAGUUUUGUUUUCAAAUUGAAAAUGUGCACAUAUACAGUCUUUUACUGUCUUUGGAUGAGGAAUUGAAACCUAAAACGUUGAUAUUGUUGUAUAUGAAUACAUAAGAUUGGUAAUAACAGUAUGUGAAUAUUGUGAAUGGGGAGAGUGUAACGAAGGCAAGAUAUUAUUAUUUUUUUUUCCCGAAAGUUAAAGAUUUCAUUAAUAAAACCCAUAUAACCCAUUGUUUCUUCUAGAUAAGAGUUACAUAAAUUUGGUUGACUGUUCUUAGUAUCACUUGUACAGUUUCAGUAAUUUGGGUGGGGAAGAUGGGGCACCUGCAAGCCGGGAGUCAGCGGAAAUCAAGGAGCCCGGCUGGAUACCCUAGACCUACAAAUGUGUUUCCAUAAUGCAUGAAUUAAAAACCCACACCGUAGAGAAGGCAGACUUCUUGUCGAGAUGUUCUGGAGCCAGGGCUGACCCAGACGAGGUGGACGAAGAACAGGACGCUAUCGCCGCUGCAGGCAAGGUAGCAGUCACUGCAACCACCUUGGACCUUAGUGGGCAUGCCACCUUGGACGAAGUACUCGAGGACAGUCGAGGACCCCAGCUAUCAACAGCUGGUGGAAAGUGUUACUUAAUUUGUUUCAGCUGGGAGAUCAGACGUACCUGGUGUAUGCCGACACACUCACUAGAUGGCUGGAAGUCGCACACCUCCACUCUGGUUCCUCUUUUGGCAAGAUAAUGAAGCAUUUUCGCCCCUGCUUCCCCUGAGCAGCUUUCAACAGAUGGUGGGAUGAACUUACUGAGUGAGGAAAUGGCUAGGGUGUCGUGACUCGCUUCUCCUCUGCUCAGUACCCUCAGUCAAUCAGCCUGGCUGAGGCCGCCAUGAAGACGGCUAAGAGGAUAUAGCGUAGGAGCAGGCAGGCAGCUACGGGAUGGCACCACCACAGUUUGGGAAAACUACAAGAUCGACUUCCAGUGGCAACAAGCCCUGAACGAGAGGGAGUUGUGGGUGGACAGAAAGAACGAGGUCGCUCUGAGGCAACGCAGAAGACAGUCUCGCCGACGACGCCGUCUGCAGCCGGGCUCCAGUGUUUGAAGUCAAGACCAGGGCACAAAGCCGGGCACUGUGGUGGAAGUCCGCCCAUAACGCCAGUACACUGCAAGGACCGACGGAAGUGGCCGCGAGCCCGCCAACACAGCAGAUCUUGCACCGCGGCUCCGGAGGCAGAAGUUUGGUAGUCACACUCAAGCUAGUAAUUUAUUUUCCCAUGUUUAUUUUGUCGGAUUGAAAGGGUGUAAUUGCCUUUAAUAUCUUGGGGGUGAGAUGUGGGUUUCUGCCAAGGUCUGGCUUGCCGCUCCCUCCAGGCUAACAUUUUUUACUAUAUACACCUAUAUACGUAGCAUAAAUUGACCACUAGCACCUGCUAGCACCCAGUGCCCUGACUUUCCAUCUAACAGUUCAGCUUUGGAUGAAUGUUUGCAGUCUUAUCUCAUAUGGAUUAUGAUUAUUAUGAGAUGUUUUCCUUACAGUUCUAUAUUUACAGACCUUUGAAAAGGCUGUAGUAGGAACAUAUUUCAAUUAGUUGUAAUUGUAAAGAACAUAAUUUUGUUGGUUUUAUAAAGGAGUCACUAUCAUUUUUCAUUGUUCACUGUGACACAUCAAAUUAUCAGCACUGAUCAACAGUAAGCUGUCUGUGGCCAUUAAGAGCUGGUACUGGUGAUCCUGAAAAGAUACGCUACAUACAUAAAUAGAAUAUGACAAUCAAAACCAUUGACCAUUCUGUAAUUAUAGCAAACUGCCUCUAUUAAAAGAAAAAUGCAAUAUUACGAAAGGCCUUUUUUGUAACAUUUCCGAAACCCCUAACACUCUGAUACAUGUUUGCUCUUUAAGCUUACAGUAUUGGAACCCGUUAAAUCAUCUUUUCGGUUUGUAUCAAAGUGCAUGCAUUCAUCUUAAUUCAGUUUGAGACACUUCGGCCAGCCAAUCAGAGCGCGAUAUUGUUCAGAUAUAUUUCAAAUAGUCUGAGAUAAGGAUUUAUAUUUUCCAUAAAUACGAAUCGCAUUGUAAGUUUCUUGAUAUAUAUUUUUUUUUUAUUGUAAAGGUGCAUAAAAUGUUUUUGUACCUUUAUAGCAGUACAUCAAAGACAUAUUUACUCUAUAUGUGUAAGACUUGAAGUCGAUCAUGGCGGUGGCUGGAAUGACAUGGUGUUUACUUCGGUGGGAUGAAUGUCUUCAAAAUCAUUCUGUACGUCUAUGAUAUAACCUUACGGGCUCAAAAAUAUCAAAGAAAAUGCUGUGUACCUUGAUUUGUUGAUAUAAUUAAAUCAGUAAAUCAAGUGAAUGUCAAUGAUCAUUGGAAUUACAAAGUUGUCUGAUCUGGACACGGAGGUCACUCGCGUUGGAUACGAUAAGAUGCAAAACCUGAUGCAAUUUUCACUUUUCAUAUGAAGAGCAAUGUAUAUUAUAAGAAAAAAUAUUUUGACUGAAUCUGAAACAUACAUUUAAACUAUCUACAGCCUUGCGAAGCGAAUAGUGGUAUGUUUAAAAAAUACAGUAUUGCAGAGUAGUCAGGUACUUUUCCGAUUUUAUUUGAACCUUCCCUAGUAUUUUGCUUGUAAUUAAAAUUAUACCAGCAUAUUAAGUACUUCAAUGGUUUCCUAUUGAAUUUUUAUGUGAAAAAAACUUUGUAUGUCAGUACAAACUGCUAUGACAUUGUUUUGUAGCGACCGUGAUACAAUUUGGAACAAUGUAUCAAAGUGUUCGGGGUUUGGGGAUGUUACAAAAAAGGCCUUAAGUUAUUCAUAUUCGAAUUUAUAUUUAAGAACUUAUGAACUUCUGUAACAAUCUAUUACCUAUUUAUCAAUACAUUUAUGUAUAUAUAUUCUGAUGUCAAUAGCAAUAUGAAUUCCUAUAUACUUUAGAACCCUAAAUAUACUGUAGCUAUCAUAAUGCAAACAAUGGUGUUAUCAUACAGCCAACCAAAUUAUUAUUGGUGUCCAAAAACAUAUCCAAUGAUAUGGUGAGGUAUAC